AAACAAAUGACGCGCCCCCUAACAUCAAAAUGACCAUCGGAACCCUUGGGGUGGUGUUUAAUGCGUAAUGCGCGUCUUGGUCUUGUAGCACAAAUCGUUUGAGCUUUUUUAUUUGGAAAGCUCCCAGAGCGCCGAUGAUGGUCGUGGACUUUCUCCAAACAUGCGGGACUUUAACACUCAUCCUGUUGUUCUCAUACGCAGCCACACUGGAACCCUAUGACCUGCUUUACGACAGCGGCGUGGAGGCUUUCCAGCGCGGUGAUUACGCGAACGCAGUGCGAGAUAUCGAGAAAGCGCUGGACAAUGUAGCCCAAUUGCGCCAAACCAAAAUCCGGUGUGGACUCGAAUGCAGGGAUCAACACAAAUUAGACACGAAGGCUACUGAGACUGAGCUCCAGUUGUUUGAUGUGGUUUUGAGAAGAGCUGCUUGUCUCAAUCACUGCGCUGAAAGAAACCUCGGCUCUCCUUCUAUGCAUAAAGUGAGCGCUGAUGUGACCCAAGACUUCCACAGGAGAAUCCCAUACAACUACCUUCAGCUCGCGUACCUCAAGCUUAAGCAGCCGGAGAAAGCAACAGCUGCUGCUCAUACUUAUUUCCAGGCAAAUCCUGAGCACAUCGAGAUAAACUUGGAGAAGUUCAAGGCAUUGCACGGCGUAGAGGAGAAGCACUUCAUCGACCGAGAAGCCCGUCCACACCAGAGUGCCUUCACUGCUGCAGUGCAACUCUAUGAUAACGGCAACUUCGAAGAGUCCGUGACUCUCUUCGAGGAGGCUUUGGCUGAGUACUACAAAGCUGACGCAGAGUGUCGAGUACUGUGUGAGGGACCGCAGAGCUUCAGGGAUCACGAUCAUGUGCUAUACCGCUACACCUUGUCUGAGCUCAUCUCAGAUCAUUACACACAAGUUCUGAACUGCAAGCACGAAUGUGUAAGAGAUUUGGCUACGCGACCUGGCCGCCUCUCACCGAUGGAGAACUAUCUGCCGCGGCACUACGAUUACCUGCAGUUUGCUUAUUUCCAGGUGAACGAUCUGGAGCAGGCUCUGGUCUGCGCUCUGAGUUACCUGCUGUUCCACGAAGGAGAAGAGUUCAUGACCAAAAAUGUGGAGUACUACACAAAAAUGCUGGGACACGGUGGACAGCCUCGCCAGGAUGCUGUGAACUAUUUGCAAAGACACAAGAUCGAGUUGGAGCUGCUCCUCAUCGGCUCUGAAAAUUUAGCCGUGUCCUACACAGAGGAGAACUACUGGAGCAGCUCGGGUGGAAGAGAUGAUGGAAACCGGAUCCCUUCAGGAACAGAUGGAUGGUUGGAGUUUGUUCCCAUAUCUAAAAGAAAUAACAGCUCAGAGGUCAUGAUGAAACAGCUACAAGAAGGAGGCUCUUUGCUGUACGACAACAUUCGCCUGGUGCAGAACUCGCUCGAUCUUAACGGAACACAGAGGGUCGUCUUUGAUGAUGUCAUUUCUGAAAACGAGUGCUCUGAGCUGAGGCAUCUGGCACAUGUUACAUCAAGUGUUGGAGAUGGUUACAGAGGAAAGGUCUCUCCUCACACACCAAAUGAAAAAUUUGAAGGGACAACUGUGCUCAAAACUUUGCAGUACGGUUACGAAGGCCGUGUUCCUUUAAGAAGUGCCCGUCUCUUCUACGAUGUCAGUGAGAAGGCCAGGAAGAUAAUUGAAUCCUAUUUCAUGCUGAAUUCCACUCUCCAUUUCUCAUACACUCAUCUAGUGUGCAGGACAGCUGUCCCAGAUCAGCAAGAGCACAGGAAUGACCUUAGCCACCCGAUCCAUGCCGAUAACUGUCUUCUAGACCCCGAAGCCAGAGAAUGCUGGAAAGAGCCUCCUGCUUACACAUACAGAGACUACAGUGCUCUUCUUUACCUCAACGGGGAUUUUGAAGGUGGCCAGUUCAUAUUUACUAAAAUGGAUGCCAAAACCAUCACGGCUUCAGUGAAGCCGAGGUGCGGACGGAUGGUGGGUUUCUCCUCUGGGGGUGAGAACCCACAUGGUGUGCGUGCAGUCACAAGAGGGCAGCGUUGCGCUGUGGCCAUCUGGUUCACCUUAGAUCCCCUCUAUAGAGAGCUGGAGAGGCUUCAAGCUGACGAAGUGAUUCAAGCACUCGAGAACCAGCACCAAUGGGAUCACAUCAACCAGAAAGAUGAAUUGUAGUCCAAGAUAGUCCAAGUCCCUAUUUAUUUUGUCCUAUGUGAGCAGAACUGUUUUAUUUUUAUACUGUUUGUCGUUAUAAUGUUUACAUGUUCCUGAGAUUGUGUUUUUUUGCAUAUCAGGUAUCACAUGUUGGGCAAAAUUUCCAGUGUCACAUGGAUAUUGCAGAGAUACUGUAUAUUGGACUGGGUUGAGUUACAUGAAGAGAAAUAUUUAGUUAGUAUUAUUACAGGGAUUUGUUUCACAUGCCUUAGAACAGAUCUUGUUUCCUUUUCUUCACUGUGUUACCACCAGUCAUUAGAGCACUGUAUUUUCUUUUACAGAAUAAUAUCAAUAUAUUGAAAUGUGGUUUGUUCCUGUUUCAAGGAAUAUUAUCAGAAAUAGUUUUGUUUAUCGUGGUACAUGGUUCAUGGUUCUGUUUUUUUUCCCUACAGUUUGCACUGUCCUUUAAUGAUUUCUUACAAGUUUGGAUUAGAUUCACUCCUUCACCUUCGGGAUUCUUGAUAAGGAGCAUGACCAUGCACUGAUGUUUACUGUUCACAUAUUUAAAUAUAUUUAAACUGACACAUGAUGUUUGUAACGAUUAUGUUUUUAAAUUAAAAAUUGAAACGUG